UUUUUUUUUUUUCUUCUUAUGCUCUUGUUUUACAGUAUUGUGAGUUGUAGGUCAAAUAUUUAUUUUAAAGAAUGUGGGUAUACUGAUGUCAUGAGGUAAUUGAGAGUGAAGUAGAUAUGAUGCUAGUGUUUAUUAUCUGGUUAUCGGUUUUGACAACGAUCGUGAUUUUUCUCCGAUUUUAGAGUUUUCUAAUUUAUAUUUUUAUAUUGUUGAUUACCCUCCAGCUUAUUUUUUUUUUUUCAGCUUUGUUAUUUCCUAACAAUAAAAAUGUCAAGGACCAAUUAUUAUUUAUCAAGGAUUAAAUUGUCCUGAGAAAAAAUUGUGAGGAAAUUCAACAUUCAAUAUAUUUGUAAGUAGUAUAAAUAAAUAUACUACUAGCUUCAUUCUCACUUCAUUCCUCAAUUUAAAUUACAAUCAAAACCAUUGUCUCCCUCUACUCUUUUCAAAACACAUGAAAAAUUAAAGUGGAGACUACAAUACAUAGAAGUAGAAAAAAUGCUUAUGCAACAAAUUAAUUUAAAACCAAAUUGUCUCAUCUUGCAAAAGCCAUGUCUCAAUGGCAUUGGCAAUAACCAACCAUGUUUUAAGGUUGGGUCAUCAAGGCUUUUAUUCACAAAUCCAAAGAAACAAGGGAGGUUUAGUAGUAAAAAUGGAUGCAGCAAAAUAAAAGCUGUGUCUGUGAGUGAAGAAGAAGCAAAUAUUAUAGAAAGGGAAUCAGUAAAAGUACAAGCCACAGUAACUGUUACACCAACAGUUGCAGGGUUUUUCUCAGAAAUGGCUAUAGAAAGAGGACUUGAUGACAUAACUGAUUUGUUUGGUAAAUCCAUUCUCUUGGAGCUUUGUAGCUCUCAGCUAGAUCCUGAUACAUCAUUGCAGAAGAAAAAAAUCAAAGGUUAUGUUCACUUGACAACUCGAUCAGCAAAAGAGAUCAAGUAUGAAGCUGAAUUUGAUGUACCAAAUAGUUUUGGAGAUAUUGGUGCUGUUCUUGUGGAAAAUGAGCAUAGAAGGGAAAUGUUUAUAAAGCAAAUUGUUCUUGAUGGAUUUCUCACUGGUCCUGUUAAUUUUUCUUGUGAUUCUUGGGUUCAUUCCAAGUUUGACAACCCUAACAAAAGGGUCAUUUUCUCCAACAAGUCAUAUUUGCCAUCUGAAACACCAGAAGGAUUGAAAAGGUUUAGAGAGGAUGAACUGAUAAAUUUACGAGGCAAAGGACAAGGUGAACGCAAGACCUUUGAUCGAAUAUACGAUUACGAUGUGUACAAUGACCUUGGAGAUAUAGACAAAAAUCCCGACCACAAGAGACCUGUUCUCGGUGGCAAACUACAUCCAUAUCCUAGGCGUUGUAGAACCGGAAGACCUCGUAGCAAGACAGAUCCGUUGUACGAGAAAACAAGUAGCAGUGUCUACGUUCCUAGGGACGAAUCAUUCUCGCAAGUAAAACAACUCACAUUUUCAGUAAACACCUUACAAUCGGCUUUCCACGCGCUUCUACCAGCUUUGAGAACAGCUGCAAUUGACACAAAUCUUGGAUUUCCUGUUUUCUCAUCCAUAGAUGACCUUUUCAAUGAAGGAUUUGACUUGCCUCCUCACAAUGAGAAAGGUCUUAGGGCUGUGUUGCCAAGGUUGAUCAAAUUUGUCCAGGAUGCUGGCAACGACAUUCUUCGUUUCGAGACUCCUGCCACCAUGGACAAGGACAGAUUCUUUUGGUUUAUGGAUGAAGAAUUUGGAAGACAGACUAUAGCAGGUCUUAAUCCUUGUUGCAUCCAAUUGGUCACGGAAUGGCCAUUGAAAAGCAAACUUGACCCUAAAAUUUAUGGUCCUGCGGAAUCAGCAAUAACCACUGAACUAGUUGAGCAACAAAUCAGAGGAUUCACUACUGUUCAAGAGGCAAUAAAACAGAAGAAGUUGUUCGUCUUGGACUACUAUGAUUUUUUCUUGCCAUUAGUAGAGGAAGUUAGAAAACUUGAAGGCACAACAUUGUAUGGAUCAAGGACAUUAUUCUUCCUGCACGACGGCACAUUGAGACCGCUAGCGAUUGAGCUAGCCCGGCCGCCGAUUGGUGAUAAGCCACUAUGGAGGGAAGUUUACAGACCUUGUUGGCAUUCAACUGGCGUUUGGCUUUGGAGACUUGCUAAAGCUCAUGUCCUUGCUCAUGACUCUGGCUACCACCAACUUGUUAGUCACUGGCUGAGAACUCAUUGUGCUACAGAACCAUACAUCAUAGCAACAAACAGGCAACUAAGUGCAAUGCAUCCAAUCUACAAACUAUUACUUCCACAUUUUAGAUACACAAUGGAAAUCAAUGCACUUGCACGUGAAGCACUAGUAAAUGCAGAUGGAAUAAUUGAAAGUAGCUUCACUCCCAAGAAACAUUCUCUCUUAGUAAGUUCAAUAGCCUAUGACAAACAUUGGCAAUUUGACUUACAAGCCCUUCCAAAUGACCUCAUUCAUAGAGGAUUGGCAGUAAAAGACCCAAAUGCCCCUCAUGGCUUAAAACUAACCAUAGAAGAUUACCCUUAUGCAAAUGAUGGUCUUGUUCUUUGGGAUGCUUUAAAAUCUUGGAUCACUGAUUAUGUAAACAUUUACUAUAAAGAAUCAAGAAAUGUUGAGUCAGAUAAAGAAAUACAAGCUUGGUGGGAUGAGAUUAGAAAUGUUGGUCAUGGCGACAAGAAAGACGCACCAUGGUGGCCUAAUUUGAAAACAAAUGAAGAUCUUAUUGAAAUAUUGACGACCAUUGUUUGGAUAACAUCAGGGCAUCAUGCCGCGGUGAAUUUUGGUCAGUACACUUAUGCCGGAUAUUUUCCCAAUAGACCGGCCAUUGCGAGAAACAAAAUGCCUACAGAAGACCCUACAGACAACGAGUGGGAACUUUUCUUCGAGAAACCAGAAGUGACUUUGUUGAAGACUUUUCCUUCGCAAAUUCAAGCUAUGACGGUGAUGACCGUGUUAGAUAUUUUGUCUAGUCAUUCGCCCGACGAGGAAUAUCUUGGACAAACGAUUGAGCCGGCUUGGGAAGAGGAACCGUUGGUUAAAGCUUCUUUUGAGAAGUUUAAAGGGAAGUUGAUGGAGCUUGAAGGUAUAAUUGAUGAGAGGAAUGCUGAUGCCAAGUUGAGGAAUAGGAAUGGUGCUGGGAUUUUGCCUUAUGAGCUUUUGAAGCCAACUUCUGAUGAGCCUGGUGUGACAGGAAAAGGUGUUCCAUAUAGUAUCUCUAUUUGAUUUGAACACAUGAUUUGGAUCAAUUUGUGUUGUGUUGAUCAAUGAAUGUUCUAUUUUAAGCUCAUGAUUGUAAUGUAAUUGAUUAUAACUUUAAAUAAAGUUAUGUUAAACCAAAUAUUAGAUAUGUAUGGUAUGGCAAAAACCAUAUCCAAUUCACUUUGAAGUUUGCUUUAGGCCUCGUUUAAUGUUAGACCGGCCCUGAUUGUUUGCUACAACAAA